GUCCUGGUCAUUUACCCUCCGCUUCCUCCUCGAGCUCCGUGGCGUCCUCGUUGUCGUCGUCUGUCGCUUCUUCCAUGCUGCAGUCGGUCCCGCCACGCACCAGCUCUAGCCGGUCAGAUACCGUCACCUCCGAUGACGGCGCCUCGUUCUCCUCCCUGAAACCGCCCAGAAGUGGCUCAACCCCCAUUCCAACCUCCGUCUCUCCCUCCCCUGCCACAUCAUCCACUUCACCUUCCUCAAUGGGCCAGGCUUUAAGUCGGCCAGUCCCGAGUCCUGCGGCGGCCGGCGGAGCGCAACCACCCGCCAAGGGUACGACCUUGGCCGGCGGCCUGACGACUGGGGGCAAACUGAAACGGGCGUUCGCCGGUCGCCGAAAGAAGUCAGAGGACUCGACUGCGCUAUUCACCCAGAUGCAGAAAAGCUCGAAAGGCAGGGAACCUUCAAGCUCUUCGCAGUCGGAGCAGGCACUGGUGUCACACUCUACCCCCGCGGCCGGGAUACAGGAGACGUUCCAACGACAGCACAAGGGCGCAAAACAGUUGACGUUACAGAUUGCUUCUUCUACUUUGCAUGCCAUCGCUGGGCGGAAACAUCCCAGCGCGCCGCCUUCCGUCAAGUCACCGUCUGGACGACCGCCACCUCUCCCUCCAAAGCCACUAAACCUGCAACCCAAGAAAGCCGCCGUGGGACCGACCUCAACACAGACGGAACCCCGUGUCCCAUCGAUGAUGUUCAGUCCAGGCUCCGCCCCUGCAUUGCAGUUCAUCCGUGAUCAUACCCAGCCACCUCAAGAAACAGAGCAAAGCAGUAUCGCUGCCGCCCUGCAGGAGAUGGCUGCGGACUCGAACCAACCGCAAGCAAGGGAGAGAGAAGAAGACGAGGCGAAGCAGAAGCAGAAGGAGGACUGGCGGAAGAGCGACUCCACCAUGACCAGCCAUGUCACUGUCAGACCCCGCGCCAACGCCGGCAAUAAUACCCCUAGGCCAGUCUCCAUCGCCGAUUCCGUGCAUUCCGUUCAGACUAUUACACCGGUCAACAAGCGUCUCAGCGCGUUGAUCACGGACGCCGAGUUUGCCACGCCAGAAGAGGAAGAAGGCAAGGCCGAGGCUGAGGAUGUACCCCACUCUGCGUCCAUGGGCGCUAUACCGCGACCUAGGAAGGACUCCCCGGCGUCAUCAGUCAAAGCUAGGAAUAGGCGAUCCAUAUCACUGAACCUUGGUUCGACUUUUGGACUGCGAUCGAAGCCUUCCACCCCGGCUUUGACCAGUGCUUUUGAAGACGCCGACGCCGGUUACUUUUCGGAGGUACCGCGAUCAACGAGCAAACCCACGUCCCCUGGCGCAGCGCAUCGAGAUCCUCCGACGUUGUCAAAGGCUGCAGCGACGGGGAUAAUCUCCUCAGAUCCACCCAGCAGUGCGUCCUCUGGGAACAUCAAGGGGCGUCUCGCUGCUUGGACCGCGGCUGCUAACGCAUCGGCAUCAUCUUCCAAGCAAGGUGCAGACCGCGCGGCGCCGCCGCCGGUCCAUCCAGAGCGCAUGGCAGCGCAGACUCUUCAAGUGCCUCCAUCGAUGCGUCAGACCGCCCUCAGUAUGACCAGCGGAACUGCCGGAUUCGCUAUGGGGUUGGGCAGGCGUGCGGCUGAGAAGGUUGGGCGGGCGUGGGCAGGUUUCGGGGGCUCUGGUAGCUCGCCUGCUCAGGCGGCAACGACACCACCCGGCGCUGCACCGUCAUCCUAUCCCAGUCGGCCAACGUUCGACGACUCCCUUGGACGUUCCCAUCCGAACUCAUCGGCGCCGUCGGCCUUCGCGCAGCUGGGCAAGGGCAAAGGAAGGCGAACGCCGAAUGCUCCGUCGGCGACCUGGAGCAUCAACUCUUCGGGUACUAGCUCCUCUGUGUCAGAGAACGAAGCAUUUAUUCCCGUCCCGGUUGGACCAAUCCUCGGCCCACAGUUGCGCGGCAAUGUGGGUCUCAACGCUGUGUUUGGUCGUAGCCUCAAGGCAUGCGCGAGAGAUACCCCGGUGGUGCAGCGCCCCGGAUACAAGUUCGAAGGGCGUUUGGGUGACUUGAUGCUCCAGCUGGAGAGCCGGAAGCUACCUGCACUCGUCGUCCGGUGCGCCCAGCACAUAUUGAAAUGGGGUGUCGACGAAGAGGGGCUGUUCCGCAUCAGCGGUCGGGCUUCACAUAUAGCCAAGCUUCGGGCGGAAUUCGACACAGGUGCGGAUUACGAUGUUUCAGAAUGCACGCCCGGCGAUCUGGACCCGCAUGCUGUGGCGUCGGUGUUCAAAGCGUAUCUUCGUGAACUGCCAGAGCCGAUCUUGACGCACGAACUUCUUCCAUACUUCGACCUUGCUAUGUCCCGGGAAACCGAAGCUCGCGCGCAAGACGCAGGUUCCCCGACCAAGCUCACAGCCGCUGGUGGAAAGGGUCCUGGUUUGCCUACUGGACCAAGAGGUGUACCGGCUCCCCUUCGCAAACCUCCGUCGCUGUCAACACUCGCUAUGCCAACGUUUUCAGGCGUACGCCCUCCUUCGGACUCGUUACUCAACGCCUUGUCGUCGUUGGUCGUCCGCCUACCUCAAGAGAAUCGAGACUUGCUACGUACUGUCGUCGAUCUCGUCAGGGAGACCACCAAGCAAAGCAAGAUAACGAAAAUGCCUCUCAGCAAUUUGCUCCUCGUUCUCUGCCCCAGCAUGAACAUGCAGCCUCCUCUGCUAAAGGUGCUCUGCGAAACCGAGUCUCUUUGGGACUCGCCCAGGAUACCGUCUGUCAUCGACAUCGGACGAGCGGAUCAAGUGAUCGAUAUCAAGCCUGAGGCGAAGGAGAGUGACUCAGAGGAAGAGUCUCGCGAUGCAACCUCCGCUAUAAACGACGGUGAAGACCGCCAGGGAGAAGAAGCCGUGGGGUCAGAAACACUGGCAACCACGACGAUCUCCGACGAUGCCAUGUCGGAACCUGCAUCUGGCACGGACGAUGCGGCCUCCUUCAACUCCGCCUCGGACUCCUCGCUCACGACGCCGCCGCAAUCAGCGAAGAACGAGUCUCUGUGCGGUACCUACGUCCCACUCGUUGCUUCAUCUGAGGAUUCUCUCCCUUCACCCGCGAGAGAGGCGAUAGUUGAGAAGGUUCCCGUGCCUUCUAUCUCAUAUCCCGCUCAACCGGCUUCCCCUGAGGUACCGCCAACUCCUCGAGGCGCAGUGACGAACCCAAUGUUCCAGUUCCCCGCAAUCGGCGGAGGUCCUCCCUCACCAAAACCUAGUAACGGGUCUGUGCCACCAUCUCCAGGUGGACACGGCGUCAGACUGAAGCGUCCUUCGUUGCACCUCCUUUUCUCCAAGCGUUCGGCAUCUCCUUCAGGCUCCUCCAACCCCUCUUCGCCGUACUUGACCCCGUCGUCUGGUCCCCGGUCGUCGUCUAUGCCCAGUCCCUCCACCAUGGUUACCGCUCCGCAGCCUAGCACGCCUGCGUUACCUCCCAAGUUAGAAAUGUCCAUUUCCCACUCUCCUAUCCGCCUAGGCAUGUCCCUGGAUGCUGAGGGCAGCCCGCCACCAGCCUCGCCGCACGCGUAUGCGUCGGCAUCGAUGCCGGCACUCACCCGCCCUGACGGCAACGAUUCACCGUGGUCUCGUAGCCGCUCCGGAUCGCUGCUAUCGCUUUCCACGGACGACGAGCCGCAGGAAGACUGGGCGCGCAGCGUGCUCAUGGCCGCUGAUGCGAACGUAGGCGGCGAAAGCGCAGGGUGGCGCGUGAAGCAGGUCGUGCAAGCGUUUGAAUCCCAUGCAUAAUCGAUGUAUCUCUCGGUCGCAUCAUCCAUCCCCAUGGACAUUGUAACAUAGUACAGGAGGCGCUUCGUGGCUCUCUUCGCGUUUAUCCGCAUACUAUCGUUAUCAGAGCCCCUACGGCGUCGAGGAUCGAAGCGGUUCUUUAUUCUCAUCGUUACCCGUAUUCGCACGUCGUUGCCAUGCCUUUCGUCACGCAAUCGACUUCUUACUGCCGGAGCUAGGUGCCGUUGUGAUUGCCUCUGG